CUCCCCCUCCCCCUAGUGUCGCUCACUCUUCCACCCCUCUGAGUGGGCGGGACCAAAGCUGCUGCAUUGUUGCCCCUCCUCGCCGGCUCCGUCACGUGUCAGGAGGCAGCAGCGCCGGAGACCCCGGGACACUCCCGGAGGGUCUGGGUGCACGUGGACUUUGUGCACACGUGGGACUUUUACGACUCCGCAUCCAGCAGGAUCCCUUACCUGUCCCCCUCUUGGUGUCUCCUCGUACACCUGGCCCCCUCCUUCAAGAAGGCCCCUCCUCCCGUGGAUUGUCUCCUAGUGUAGACCAUUCUCUCCCCAGGGAGACGGAAGGCGGGGGAAGGGUGGCGGUCAAUAAAUGAGUGACUCGAUUCCCCUUCACCCGGGUCUCUGUGAACGUGCUAAAUAAACCCCGGAAUAAUCAGAACGGGGUGCAAAUGCGGCGACUCCCUCCUCUUUCUCCCCACUCUGGUUUCCCUUCCAGGCCCCCGGGGAGCACCUGGCACAUAGUAGGUGCCUAAUAAAUGCUUGAUUGAUCGUCUCUCUCCCACGAGACUCCACGUCUCUCCAUCUCUGCCCGGUGACUUGACAAGACACGGGUCAGUGGGUCAAUAGCAUUUUUAAACACCCAGUAAGUGCCAGGCCUUGUGCUAAGCAGUGGCACCUAACCAAGAGCGGUGGGCAGUGAGCCACCCGGGCUCACUCCCACUCUAGCCCCGCCUGCUAAAACCAGGUGGGAGAAAUUGAGCUGGGGGCUCUCCAAGGUCCUCUCCAGACUGGCUGUGCCUCGCCUUCAUCUCAGCUCUUCCACUCUCCAGCCCAGAUGCUUUAGAUCUCCAUAGAGAAGGCUCUCAAUUUAGGCUGGUUCACUUGACUUGACCAUGGUCUCUGUGUUUUCUUCUCCAUCAUUUUUGUGCCUUUCCCCACCCUGUAUUCCUCCAUCCCAACCUGUCUUUAGUCUCCCUGCUGGGGAUCCAUCACGUUCGCUGUCCUGCGUGGAGAAAGGGGGAAGUCCCCCACCGGAUCGAUAAACCAAUAAGGCUUUGUUUGCAUCUCAUUUACAUUAGAGAGUCCGGUCUAAAGGCAAAAAGGAACCCCCUCCUUUUACCCCAGAGUUGCACUGUGGUCCCCUGGGGCCACAAAGUCAGCUUGGGCCUGGCUCUCCCUCGGCUGGAGAGCUAGGCUGGGGGGGGGAAGAGUGAAGAGGGAGGGGCCCCCCUAGUGAGGCCUGGGCAGGAAGCGAGAGUGGGGGCCCUCGCGGCUGGCGGGCAGGGGAGAACAUACCGCCUGCCCUCCUCCCACGACUGCUGCUGCUGCUGCUGCUGCUGCUGCUGCUGCUACAGGCUCUGAGUCAAGCACCCUGGUUCACAGAGGGCUUCCAGGAGGAGGCAGCCCUCCCCCUCCCCACGGGCCUCCCCCCACCCUAUCCCCAGCAUGGACAGCGCAGACCCGGACAUCGCCACCAAGGACCCUCUGGACCACUAUGAGCUGCUGCAGAGGGUGGGGGGCGGCACCUACGGGGAGGUAUUCAAGGCUCGAGACAAGGUGACAGGGGAACUCGCAGCUCUGAAAAUGGUGAAGAUAGAACCAGAUGAUGACCUAACCAUCCUCCAUCGGGAAAUCCUCAUUGUGCGGACCUGUCGGCACUCCAACAUUGUGGCCUACCAUGGCAGCUACCUCUGGCUUCAGAAGCUAUGGAUCUGCAUGGAAUUCUGUGGCGCUGGCUCACUCCAAGACAUAUACCACAUGACUGGCCCUCUCUCUGAGCUUCAGAUUGGCUACAUCUGCAGAGAGGUACUCCAGGGUCUGGCCUACCUACACAACCAGGGCAAGAUUCACAGAGACAUCAAGGGAGCAAAUAUUCUCAUCAAUGACAAUGGAGAGGUUAAGCUUGCUGACUUUGGUAUCGCAGCCCAAAUAGGGGCCACCCUGGCUCGACGUCUCUCCUUCAUUGGGACGCCUUACUGGAUGGCCCCUGAAGUGGCCGCUGUGGAGUUCAAAGGAGGGUAUACAGAGCUUUGUGAUAUCUGGUCUGUGGGGAUCACAGCGAUCGAAAUGGCCGAGCUACAGCCUCCGAUGUUUGAUGUGCACCCUCUGAGAGUGCUUUUCCUCAUGACCAAAAGUGGAUACCAGCCCCCUAGACUGAAGGAGAAGGGACGAUGGUCAGCUGCUUUCCAUAACUUCAUCAAAGUCACCCUCACCAAGAACCCUAAGAAACGGCCCAGUGCUGCCAAGAUGCUCAAUCACCAGUUGGUGUCCCAGCCAGGAUUGUCUCGGAGCCUGACUCUGGAAUUGUUGGAGAAACUGAGAAACCCAGGGAAGACCCCUUUGGGGGGUGAAAGUGAGGAGGAAGAACCUGAGCAGCCUCCUGCCGUUCCUCGGAGGAUCCAUUCCACUCACCGAGCUGGCUCAUUAGGUAUCUCCAGCCUGGACUCUGGUUGCCAGCACAUGAAGUUCAGACCACUGUGUUCAAAGAAGCUUGGAUCUCAAACUGACAAUAUUUCUGGCCAGGCCCCUGACCUUAGGAGCUGGGACAGCAUCCCCAGGAGCACCAGGGAACAGUCUGAUGACUCAGACAACGAUUAUGAUGAUGUGGACAUCCCAGCUCCUACAGUGGACGUUCCUCCCCCGCUCCCCCCCAAGUCCAAAAUCCGGAACCCAUCAGAUGAAGGUUCUAGUGAUGAUGGGAGGCUGAGCCCCGGGGUCUUGGUUCGAUGCUCCAGUGGACCUCCUCCCCGCAUACCCCGCCCUGGGCCUCCUGUGGCCCCCCGAAGUCCCCACCUCUCUGCUCGAUCAGACCCCUCCCUCUGGAAUCCAUCCCCCUCAGGGUCCAACCAGCCUCCCAUUUUGCCUCCCAAGAAAGAGAAAAGGAAAAAGGACUGUGCCCUCCUGGUGAAAGUAUUCAAUGGCUGUCCCCUCCACACCAGCAGUACUGCUGCCUGGACACACCCCACGACCAAGGAUCAGCACUUGCUCUUGGGGGCUGAGGAGGGGAUCUUCGUCUUGAACCGAAAUGACCAGGAGGCCAUGUUGGAGAUGCUUUUCCCCAGCCGGACAACCUGGGUUUACUGUAUCAACAAUGUCCUAAUGUCCCUGUCAGGAAAGACCCCCCAGUUGUAUUCACAUAGCCUCUUGGGACUGCUGGAUCGCAAGGAGACAAGAACAGGGGGACCCAUUUCCCAUAUCACUCCCCACCGUCUGCUGCCCAGGAAGAAUGUGGUAUCCACCAAAAUCCAGGACACUCGGGGUUGCCGUGCCUGCUGUGUGGCUGAGAGCCCCAGUUCCGGGGGCCCGUAUCUGUGCGCCGCGAUGGAGGCUGCCGCCAUCUUGCUCCAGUGGUAUCCGCCCAUGGAGAAGUUCAUGCUCAUUAGGCAGGUACCCUUCCCGCUGCCGUCCCCGCUGCGAGUGUUUUCGUUGCUGGCGGCGCCUGGGCCCGAGCUCCCGGAGGUGUGCGUGGGCGUGAGCCCAGGGCCUGCUGGCUCCGUGUGCUUCCAUAAUGUCCGACUUGGCCCUCUCUCCAGCUGGUUUGGGACCACAGGAGGCAUACAGAGUGAAGGUCCGGUGCAGGUGACCCAGCUGGCAGAUGACUUGAUCCUGGUGCUGCUAAAUGGGAACCUGAAGCUGGUGACUAGGGAGGGGACCCCAGUACGGGGGCUGAGGGCCCCAGAGCUCCCCCUCAGUGAGUCAGUGGAGGCUGUAGCCCUGGUUGGUGGCCGGAUCCAGGUCUUCUGGAAACAUGGUGUGCAGGUGUGGGCUGUGGGCUCUGACCAGCUUCUUCAGGAGCUAAGAGACCCUUCUCUUACCUUUCGCCUGCUGGGGUCUCCAAGGCCUGUGGUGUUGGAGACGCGCCCUGCCAAUGACCCCAAUGCUCCUAGCAAUCUGUACAUCCAGGAGUGAAGCUUGGGUCCGGCUGAGCCCAAACUGAGAGCUUUGUCACGACCCCAGACACACACAGAUGUUUCCAAUAAAUAUGAUCCUGCACCCUCA